AUGGACCUGACUGCGGACUUCAAGUCCUUCCAGGACCUCGUUCAAGCCUCCCUCAUCAACGUGACGAGAAGCGCGACACAGGUGUCCAACCAAGACCUGGGUUUCCAUCGCUCUUCCAGCGACAAGCUGUCUCGCUCCCUCGAUCGCCAGGAUGCUCACCUUCUGCGCCUGACAAACAAACUGCUCAAGGCUGCCACUCAGGACACACCACUCAAGCCACCUACGCUUCAAAAUCAAGAUAGCGUAGAGGACAACUGGCGCGGCAUUGUUGAUGUCGUUGAUGGCCUUCUUGAGAAGGCUGACUCUGCGCUUGAUGAGUUCUCUGGUAUCAUCAAGCCCCAGGAUCCAGCUCGCCAAGGUGCCGACCCUUCUCCCAGACCUACAAAGACAGGCCUAGGUUUUCAGAGAUGGGCUGCAAGCAACAUGCAGAAACCUCAGACCCAUUUUCACAGACAGGUGAACAAUUCUGACCCAAACCCCUUCAAGCCUUUGCUCCAGACGAAGCCUCAUGCUAGUGUUCCGCUGGAACAAAGCAUAGGAACUGAAGAUACAGGAUACAACCACCCGUACGCACGAGAGAUCGAAGACUACAAAUACCCUCCUUCUGUUUACAAAUUCAAUCAUCCGAUACCAUUUAGUCCGAUUGGUGAAACCGAACACAUCUUCGUUGACACGGAGGAAGGCGUCAUCGAGAUGCUAGAAGAGCUUAAGGCUGCCGAGGAGAUUGCAAUCGACCUUGAACACAAUGAUUUGCGCUCAUAUGUUGGGCUAGUGUGUCUCAUGCAGAUCAGCACGCGCAAAAAAGACUGGAUUAUUGAUACGCUGAAACCAUGGCGCGAGAAGCUACAGAUGCUAAACCAAGUUUUCGCGGACCCGAAGAUCUUGAAAGUGCUACACGGCUCAAACAUGGACAUCAUCUGGUUGCAGCGUGAUCUGGGUUUGUACAUUGUUGGUCUCUUCGACACGUAUCAUGCAGCUUGUGCUUUGCAAUUCCAAGGGAAAGGCUUAAAGCACCUUCUUUUACAGUUCGCCAAUGUCCAUGCUCAAAAACAGUACCAGCUAGCGGACUGGCGGGUGCGACCUCUUCCUCAGGACUUGAUCGACUAUGCUCGAUCAGACACACACUACCUUCUGACCAUUUACGACCACAUGCGAAACAUGCUUGUCAAUGGUUCGGCGCCCAAUGUUAAUCUCACGGACUAUGUCUUGAUGCAGUCGAAGAAAGAAGCGCUUCAAGUCUAUACCCGUCAACUGUAUGACCUCGAGAAUGGUGGCGGUCCGCUCGGCUGGUUUGCGUUGCUCACCCAGAGGUAUGUCAAUCUGAACAAAGAACAGCUUGGGGUCUUUCGUGCUCUUCACGCAUGGCGAGACCGGAGAGCCCGAGAAUUAGACGAGGGCAUUCAAUACAUCCUGCCCAAUAGGACAUUGUGGCUUGUCGCCGAAAACAUGCCAACAUCUGCAUUCAAUUUCCAUCAGACGUGCAGAGGAGAAUCCAAGCUGGUCUCGGAUCGUAUCCCUGAGAUUAUCGAGGUUGUCAAGCAGGGCAAAAUUGAAGGUAAGAACAGCAAGUCACACGAAGAAGUGGUCCAGCACUGUGAGAAAGUCCUCGGCGUGACGGUUCGUCGACAACGGAAGGAGAAAAAGCCGCAACCUCAAAGCACGUACUCUGGACUGGGCGCGACUUUGAAGCAGUUGGCCGCCACUCCAGCUUUAGUGUCAUUGGAUUACGAUGCUCUGGUGCCCAUUGUGACCAGGUCGUCUGCUUCAAUGUUCUGGGGUGAUGUAAUGCCACAGUAUCAACACACUCUUACCGACACUGCCAGUGCAAUCGAAGCACUUUCAUCGAUCGUCCCGCUAUGCCUGCUCGCCACUGUCGAGGAGGCCGUACAAGAGGCAGCAGCGGUGGUCCAGCCUGUAUCCCAGUCAAUUCAAGUGGAAACCUCGACCAAACUGGCGAAGACACUCCGCUCCAAAGCCAACGAGAUCUUCACCCUGAGCGAGAUAUCUCGUUCGAACAAGGGCAAGAAGCGAAAGACAGAUGAAUUUAAGGAAGAUGCCGAUGACAAUGGGCUGACCGUGCUCGUCCGUGCCCCUAGCACCGUGAACGGGACCACAACAGGAAAGGCGACAGCUGCUGGCGUGGCAAUCUCAACCCCAACCUCUCGCCCCCAAGACCCCGAACCAGCCGAUGCAGAACAAAACCCAGAAUUCGAAUCAAAACGCCAAGCGAAGAAGCAGAAAAAGGCUGAGAAGAAAGCUCGCAAGGAGGCUGAGAAAGCUGCAGUCGAAGCCAAGGCACGGGCUACGCAGCCAUUCGACUACGCCAGUGCGCCGUCGUUGCUGACCCCUGAUUCACUGCCGUUGGUACAGCAAGGUGACAGUGGUGGCGCUGCCGGAGGUCGCGGGCAAGGACAGAUGGGAGUGGCACGGGAGAUAAUGAACCCCUUCGCGAGAGCAUUGGAUACGAGUACGGGGGCGAGAAGAGGAAAGAUGAGCAAAGAGCUGCAGGGGAAGAGCAUGACUUUCAAUUCUUGA